CUCAGGGCCAAACAUUGCCACUUUCUUUUGCCCCCCGCUUGGUGCCACCAUUCUCUUCUUUCACAGCUUCCGCACUUUCCCUCUCUUCUUAUUCUCCUGCAUCCUCUCACCUUCGUCCAUCUUCAUCUAGCAUCCCCUCCCUCACUCCCUCCUUCCCCCUCUCUUUCUCUGCUCCGCCAUGGCAGCUCCCGAAGAAGGUCUUGAGCCGCUCAGGUAUCAGACUCUGGCCUUGAAGGUGAGCAUCCACUGUGAGGGCUGCAAGAAGAAGGUAAAGAAGGUGCUGCACAGCAUCGAAGGGGUGUACAAGACGGACAUCGACAUGCAGCAGCAUAAGGUGGUGGUCAUCGGCAACGUCUCCGCCGACGCGCUCGUCAAGAAGCUCCUCAAGACCGGCAAGCACGCCGAGCCGUGGCCGGAGCCCGCUCCGCCGGCGGCAGCCACGGACGCUCCCGGCGGAUCCCCAGGCAGUGGAGGCAAGAAGAAGAAAAAGAAGAGCAAGAGCAAGAACCCCGGGAACAACAAACCCGCGGACCCGGCGCCGGCGGAGGGCGGGAGCGGGCCCUGCCCUCCGGACAAGGCUGAGGGCGGCAGCGGCCCGUGCGAUGAGGCGUCCGACGGCGAGCACGAUAAGCCUGAGGGUGACGGCGGCGGUGGCAACGGGCCGGCUGGCGCCGGAGACGCUCACGACGGCGGUGCAGGUGGCAAAGUGCCCCCUUUAGCCAUGACGCCGCAGGGCCCGCAGCCCAUCGCGCCCGCCGCGAACGGCAACGGCAAUGGCGGCGGCGGCGGCAAGAAGAAAGGCAAGAAAGGCGGCGGUAACGGCAACGGCAACGGCAAUCCCAAUGCCAACGCCAACGCCAACGCCAACGCCAACGGAGACGGCGCCGGCGCUGGUGCAAUAGUGGAAGUCCACCCGCCGCCGGACGCGCCCACGAAGCCGGCCGCCGGCAACUCCGGUCCUCUCACCACCGUCGUCGACGCCGGGCCGUACCCGCCGCCGCCGGCCGCGGCGAUGAGCUACCCGGGGUACUACCCCGCCGGGGUCCACCCGCCGGCGUACGUCAUGAGCUAUAGCACGGCGCACCCGAGCUCGGCGCUCCGGAGCAGCGCCUACUACCACCCGAUGGCCGGCGCGGCGUACACCACGGCAGGCGGCGGGUACUUCUACUCGACAGCGCCGGUGUCGGCGGCGCCCGGGUCGUACUACAUGUUCAGCGAGGAGAACGCCAACGCCUGCAGCAUCAUGUGAUUGAGGAUUAUAUUGAUCUAUCGGUUAAGCAAUUUAAUUGAUUACUACUCCGUACUAUAAGAUGUUGCAAGAAGCCUGGCUGUGCUAGAUUAUGCUCUUGUAAUGGCCAAGAUUGAACUGGUUGUAAGUUUGAUGCGACCUGCAACAUUUUGCUGUAUCCGGAAAAACAUAUGAAUUUUAGAUGUGCUAGUAAAUUAGAGUAGCUUGGGAACAUAAAUUGCACCAUCAUCAUUUGUUU